AUGUAUUUGGCUAUCCGCAAAACAAAUACAAAUUUGCAUCGAGCGUUUUCAUGCUUUCCUCUUUCCCUUCUUCAGCUGCAUUUACCGGUAUAUAAAUCAAUUAAAAACAAUUUCAACUCAGAAAGCAGCACCAUUUUGCCGUUAUUAUCGAAAAUCCAUAAAAUGCGCUGCAGUCUUACAAGAGGAGAUUAUUUCACAUUCAUCAAAAAGCAUAAACAACAAAUGUGGUAG